ACUUCGUCAAGCAUCAAGUUGAAAUCGAAUCCUCGAAAAUGAAACUCUUUAUCGUUGCUCUGGCCCUGAUCGCCGUGGCUGCUGCCCAAGACGACAAGUACACCACCAAGUACGAUAGCGUCGAUAUCGAUGAGAUCCUCAAGUCGGACCGUCUGUUCAAGAACUACUACAACUGCUUGAUGGAUAUGGGAGCCUGUACCCCAGAGGGCAAUGAACUGAAGCGUGUCCUACCCGAUGCCCUGGAAAACGAUUGCUCCAAGUGCAGCGAGAAGCAGAAUGAGUCCAGCACCAAGACCAUCAAGUUCCUGACCGAGAACCACCCAGAGGAAUGGAAGGCCCUGAAGGCCAAGUACGACCCCGAUAACAAGUACGUCGAGAAGAACGUGGCCAAGGCCGAGAAGGAUGGAAUCAAGCUGUAAAUUGGAAUGAUACCCAUCGCAUAAGACUGAAAUCGAACAAACGCUAUGAUCCUGAUGAAUGCUUUUCGUUUUGCAAUCACAUAACCACGCCUCCAAUCAGUUGUAGUUCUGUAGAUUCCGACAUUGUGACAUUAUACGGAUUCCAGUAACU